CUUUGGUUAUAACAUAUACAUUGGUCCGCGUGUAGUGCUCGAUAUAUAAUAAUCUAGUCUAGUUUUGUUUAAUAUUCUUAAAACAAAGCCGCGAUGAUAAGUGUUGUAUUGGAGGUUAUAGAAAAAAACUCUGGGCUCAUUGUUGCUUCAGAAGCGCGUGUUGUUUCGCUUACGAACGGGACAGUGAAGAAAGAAGCAGCAUAGAUUUAGAAUCAGACCGUUGUUUCGCCCAUCUGUCUGCCUCCAAUCAAUCCUUAUAAACUUGAGGAAGUUUAACCUAUGAGUUUAUGGAACAUGUUAAUUGAAAUCUUAUGAAGCAAUGUGUAUGAGUGAUUUUCUGUACUUAUUUGAUAUCGACAGAUAGGACUGCAGGCUACAUAUUGUUACUGAAGUGGGCUAAGAUUCCCGCUUUAUCAGAUCGGUGUGUGGACACAGGUCUGUCUCUGUCUCUGGGCAGGAGUGUAAUGGCUGAGCCGGACUAUCUGGAGGGGGACUGUGAGGAGCUGAUCAAACCCAAGAAGCUGUUGAACCCAGUCAAGAGCUCCAGAAACCACCAGGACCUCCACCGAGAACUCAUGAUGAACCAAAAGAGGGGCCUAGCUCCUCAGAACAAACCAGAGCUCCAGAAGGUUCUGGAGAAGAGAAAGAGAGAGCAGGUCCUCAAGGCCCAGAGGGAGGAGCAGGAGGCCCACACCAAGAGGAGCGACCUGGAGAUAGAGCUCAUGAAGAGACAACAGAAACUAGAACAGCUUGAGUUGGACCAGCAGAAGGAUGAGGAGGAGCAGGAGAACACCCCUGAGUUUGUGAAGAUGAAGAGCAACCUGAGAAGGACCAAGCAGGAGGCCAAUGGGGAGGAACUUACCACUUAGGGAGCCACGGGGGGUGUGUUUGUGUGUGUGGAAAAAUAGAAAGCAACUGUGUACUGUACAUAGAGGAAUGUUUGUGCAUAUGUGAGUGUGUGUGCCUGUGUGCAGAUUCAAUGGCACAUGUUAUCUGAUAUGGACUUCCUGAUUUAUCUGACCCUGUUGAGAAAGACUUAAAGACUACAGACCAAUUUGUCUGCCCACUACAGACCAGCAGUACUACAUACCUCUUUGUCUGUCCACUACAGUACUCCCCUCACCUCAGCCAGAGAGGAGACUUAGCCACCUGUACUCACCUCAGCCUCUCCACUCAACACACGGACAGAGAGGAGACUUAACACAGACAUGGAACGUGCUACACGUGAAGAACAGCCAGUCAAUCUUCUGGGGAGGUCUGAUGCAGGAACCAACAGAACCAACACAGAGUUUCCAUUCCCUCUGUCUCCUGGUCUUCCCCUCUUUCUCCUGUCCACCCGUCUCUCCAGCCACAGAAAGCUCUCCUUUAUGUUGUUGUUGUUAUUGUUGUCGUUGUUUUCAUUUUCAGAACCCAGAAUGGAAAAGCGGACACUGGAUGGACUCUUGAAGCUGUGUUUUGUAAAAAUGCCAAAUUAAUGUACCGUUGUUAUUUAUGUUUAUGUUUUUAGUAUUUUAGCCCCAUGUAGGGAGAUAGAGACAUCUCAGAUUAGUUUUACAGCUCAGUGUGUGGAGCAUGAACAGAGGGAUAUACUGCAAAGCAGGAUCAAUGAGUCAGCCAACUAACUUUGAUAAACAACCAGAAAGAACUUUCGAUUUUCUGGUUAAUUAAGAAAUUCUAAUUUUAGAUAUGUGUUUUUGUUUGUUAAGUCAAUUAGAGCAUGCCAUUUCAAAAGUAUAAAAAAAGUAAGUUAUUUCAGAAUAUUUGGGCUGGUUAUCUGGCCAACUCAUUGAUCCUACUUUGUAAUAUAUCCCUCAGGAGAGGACAAGUGUGUGGUUGUGUGAAAAAACACCCAGAUAGUUUGUUUUAUUUUCAACAUGCCACUUCUUCAGCUAAUGAUAUUUGAAGCAAUACUACAACUCUCCAAAGUGUGCAAGUGGUCUUUUCUUUCUAUAAUUAUAAUAAAUAGAUUUUUUUUAUGAAUAAAGGGGAUAUUAAAUUAGUCUUAUUUUGGAUGUGAGGUCAGCAGAGAUGAUGUCAUGUACCAGGAAGUAAGUGCACAUGGGAGCCAACUGUUCCAAUAAUUGCAUUUGGUUCUAUGCUUCGUUUAUGUGCUUCUCUGAAUCUCUGGGUAAGAUUGUAAGACAAUCCUCUCCUCUGUCCCUCUGCAGACCUAACAUCUUAUUUUAAAUAAAUAUCAUUUAACUGCU